AUGGCCACUAGCAACGAUCAAAUGGAAACAGACAAUCCGGCCUCGCCUUCCGACACCAAUAGUUCUGUGUUUGAUGAUUAUUCCUCUGCCACUGAUGAUGAUGUCGACGCCCAGGUUCUAGAAUCGCAUGCCGAUCGCAAACGGAAGCACCGCGAGGGGAAGCAGAAACUGUCAAAGGAGAACAACAAGAUAUCGAAAAUCGCCAAAGCUCGCCAACUUCCACAUCAAGCAACUACGUUGGUUACUUCGGUGACUCAAUUCAUCAAAUAUAUGAUGGGUAUGGAGAGCUCUGGACCACCUUUACCGGAGCCCCCUUCUGAAAACGAAAUCUUGCAAUGGACCAACCACGUCGAGGCUCGCCGUGCAAUGGUACAGAAGAAAGUAAACUGUAAUCAACCUGAAAAUCAAAACCACGACAAAGCUACUAGUUCCAAAAAAAAGAAGCAAGAACUUUCCGCAAACGAAAAAUUCCUUCGUAAAGAAAGACUCGAAGCCAUUAGAAAAGAAGGGGUCCCACUUAUCCAAUACACCCCAGCACGAGAAAUCCCCUCUAAAGCCCUACAACAACCUAUAUCUUCUCAAACAAAACAAAUUGUCGACAACGAAUUCAAAAACAAGGGGUUUUCUCGUAUCACGUUUGACUGGACGGCACGUUCACUCUCUUCGUCACGGUGGAAUACGGCAACUGCCUUGAUCUUGAUAGAAAACUGGAGCCGAUGGUACAAAACGCAAUCACAAAAUCUGAAGGAUCUCGAACAUGAUAUUCAAGGGGUUGUUGAACGAUGGCUUGGAACUAUGCGUGGAACCUACUCAAAGCAGUUAAGAUCGCUGGAAAAUUCCCACUCCACUCCUUCUAGCGGUGGGCAAGGAUCCACAAGCGCUGUGAGCAGGAUGCCAGUUUCUGCUAAAACAAAGAAGAAUCGCCAGAAAUUUCCGACUACGAAGACGAUGACAAGGACCUCACUCGCCCACACAUUCGAAUUAUUCCUCACUGGCGCAGCGAAGCAUUCACCAAGGGUUUUGCAUCAGCUGGACGAAGCUGCAAAACAACUUCAAACCAAUCCGAGGGCCCGAAAAACUUUGGCCGAUCUCUUGCGUCGAGGUGAUAUCAAGAUCGAGCCGGCAGACGCUGAAGAACUGAUGGAAGCUCCCAUAAAACUUCCAAUUGAUUGUUAUAAUCCAGCUUUCCUGGAUGCAUUGACCAUCAUUCAGCGCCGUCUACUCAAAGUCGGGCCUCCUAUUGGACUGCAGGAGUUUCUGACUUCCAUCUGCCAGCAGACAAUCCCUGGAUACAUGAAUACUGAUGAAACCCCUGGCGAUAACGGCACACUGAGACCCAUCACAACGAUUGCCAACAACACACCAAUGACUGGCCGUAAUAUGAACACAAUCUUAUCCGUCCACAUUAACAACCCAACCACUUCCAUCUCAAGCCAAACCACCAACCCAGCUCCACCUCCCCAUACAAACAACAUAACCAUCACUGGAGACUUGAACAUGAAUCAAUAG